CUGACAUCACUGCUUUCAGAACCUUGUCAUGCAGGAAAGGAUGCUGUGCAAAUCUAUGGAUCUUGGCUGAGGGAUGCUAUAUUACAGUUGCUAAAAUGGUGAACACAGGCGAGAUAAAUGGAUCCAGUAACCUUAUGGAUUUUCUCGACGAGCCAAUUCCAGAUGUCGGAACAUAUGAAGAUUUCCAUACUAUUGACUGGCUGAGAGAAAAAUCACGUGACACAGACAGGCAUAGAAAAAUCACAAGCAAGAGCAAGGAAUCAGUGUUUGAAUUUGUUAAAGGUCUGCUAGACGCCUGGUCAGGAUGGGUUGUAAUGCUUCUUAUUGGACUUUUGGCUGGAACUUUAGCUGGUGUUAUAGACUUAGCUGUGGACUGGAUGACCGAUUUGAAGGAGGGAAUCUGCCUGAAGGGUUUUUGGUACAGCAAUGAACAGUGCUGCUGGACAUCAAAUGAAACAACCUUCGAUGACCGAGACAACUGCCCUUCGUGGCAAAAAUGGUCUGAACUGGCGAUUGGCAAAUCAGAGGGGGCCAGUGCAUACAUCUUGAAUUAUUUUCUCUACAUAAUGUGGGCUUUAACAUUUUCCUUCCUGGCAGUUACACUAGUAAGAGUUUUCGCCCCCUAUGCUUGUGGAUCCGGAAUUCCUGAGAUAAAAACAAUACUCAGUGGCUUUAUAAUAAGAGGAUACCUUGGAAAAUGGACGCUGUUGAUAAAAACAGUGACACUUGUCCUGGUAGUAUCCUCGGGUCUCAGCCUGGGGAAAGAAGGCCCAUCUGUACACGUAGCCUGCUGUUGUGGCAAUUUGUUCAGCAGUCUGUUUUCCAAAUACAGCAAAAACGAAGGAAAAAGGAGAGAAGUACUUUCAGCGGCCGCUGCUGUAGGAGUCUCAGUUGCCUUUGGAGCUCCAAUUGGUGGUGUCCUUUUUAGUUUGGAAGAGGUCAGUUAUUAUUUUCCUCUGAAAACACUGUGGCGAUCAUUUUUCGCUGCCUUAGUUGCUGCUUUUACACUACGAUCUAUCAAUCCAUUUGGAAACAGCCGCCUGGUACUCUUUUACGUGGAAUAUCACACUCCGUGGUAUAUGGCUGAAUUAUUUCCAUUCAUUCUCCUUGGAGUUUUUGGUGGUCUGUGGGGGACUCUUUUCAUUCGCUGUAAUAUUGCAUGGUGUAGGAGACGUAAAACCACCAAACUUGGCAAGUAUCCUGUGCUGGAGGUCAUUGCCAUUACUGCUAUCACGGCUAUACUAGCAUACCCGAAUCCCUACACACGAAGAAGCACGAGCGAACUCAUCUCAGAACUCUUCAAUGACUGUGGAGCACUAGAAUCUUCUCAGCUCUGUGACUAUAUCAAUGAUCCUAACAUGACAAGACCUGUAGAUGACAUUCCAGAUAGGCCCGCUGGGGCGGGUGUUUAUACAGCAAUGUGGCAACUGACACUAGCGCUCAUUUUUAAAAUUAUAAUUACCAUAUUUACAUUUGGCAUGAAGAUUCCCUCUGGUCUGUUUAUUCCAAGCAUAGCAGUUGGAGCCAUUGCUGGCCGCAUAGUUGGUGUUGGAGUGGAACAGUUGGCUUACCAUCACCAUGACUGGAUCAUCUUUAGAGACUGGUGUAAACCAGGGGCUGACUGUGUGACUCCAGGGCUUUAUGCUAUGGUGGGAGCAGCAGCGUGUCUAGGUGGUGUUACCAGAAUGACAGUUUCCUUGGUUGUCAUCAUGUUUGAGUUGACCGGUGGUUUGGAGUACAUUGUACCUCUUAUGGCAGCAGCAGUAACCAGCAAAUGGGUGGCCGACGCAUUUGGCAAAGAAGGGAUUUAUGAAGCACAUAUUCAUUUAAAUGGUUACCCAUUCCUGGAUGUUAAAGAUGAGUUUACCCACAGAACACUGGCUACAGAUGUCAUGAGACCACGACGUGGAGAACCGCCGCUGUCUGUUCUUACCCAGGACAAUAUGACAGUGGAAGAUGUAGAGACGUUAAUCAAAGACACAGAUUAUAAUGGUUUCCCUGUUGUGGUUUCCCGAGAUUCCGAGCGUCUGAUUGGCUUUGCCCAAAGAAGAGAACUCAUAAUUGCAAUCAAAAAUGCCAGACAGAGACAAGAUGGGGUUGUAAGCAAUUCUAUAAUAUAUUUCACGGAGGACCCCCCAGAGCUCCCUGCUAACAGCCCACACCCACUGAAACUGCGACGAAUACUCAAUCUGAGUCCAUUUACAGUCACUGACCACACGCCUAUGGAAACAGUGGUGGACAUUUUCCGAAAGCUUGGACUCAGGCAAUGUCUUGUUACUCGCAGUGGGAGGCUUUUGGGAAUUAUAACAAAGAAAGAUGUUUUGAGGCAUAUGGCUCAAAUGGCAAACCAGGACCCUGAAUCAAUCAUGUUCAACUAAAGUGGUAGCAAGCAAGGAGCACUGCUAUUUGGAAACAUUUACGAGGAUAAACUUGAAUGGAUUAAUCUUGAAAACACCCUGAAGAGCAGGAAUUAGCUCUAGACUAAGGUUAAUGAAUGCAGAUGCAACGUGUCGGGGAUUGCUGCAUUUAUUUGGAAUGCCAACCAACACCUGGGCACCAGUACUUUUAUAUCCCCUGCAAAUGGAUUUGAUACUUGAAAUAUGGAGCAAAAACACUCGAGAAUUAGUUGUUAAUGCUUUACAAAUACAAUUUUAUUGCUCAAAGCAGCCGUAUGCCAUUCAGAGCUUUUCAAUUCAAAUGUAGGGUACAAAUGCAUGUGAGCAAAACAAAUGUGUGCAUUUCUUGCGUAUUUAAGUUCACACAAAUUCAAUAGUAUUAACAUUUACCAGGACAAUAUGCACAGAUUUAUAUUAAUACGUUUUUUUUCCGUAAAAACGUCUCAAAGGAUUUACCAGUUACUUGCGCCUGUCAUUCCAGAAAUUAGCUAUUUUGUUAAUGUCUGCACUUGAAACUGUGGUCGACACUGGUGAUACCUACUUGGGAAACCUCUAAUACCACUACCAAUCUUUAAUGUUCAUCAUUAAGAAGGCUAUCUAUCUACGUCUGAAAAAACAUGGCUGACUUUGACUUUGUUUAAAGAGAUAUAUUUAUUAUUAUUAGUAAAUUUUUCGUUAUAAAUGCUUACAUCACCCAGUGCUGUAUGGCACACAAUAUAAAGGUUUAGAGACGAGACCUGUUAGAGCCUUUGGUCUAUUGCUAUGACUUUAAAAAUAAUACAGUUAUAUUUUACUUCGGAUACAAGAUUUUACCGACCGGUAACUUUGUGCAUUAUGAUGGCUAAUUUUAAAUUAUUUGUGUUAAUAAAA